AGAAGUUUCAAAUGGUCGUAAUGAGUUUAUUCUAAGGCGUGAUCGAGUACGAAUAAAAGAUAAAAAAUAUCGUGUUGCAAAAUUAAAAAAUAUUAAUGAUUAUUGGAAAUUUUGUUUUGGUAAUGAUAUUUCAUUUCAAUUUCCAUUAUCACCUUUAGAAACUGAUGAUCAAUCAAAAACACAAAAUUCACUUCCAACAAUGACUAAAAUGAUAACUUUAACUCAACCUCAACUUCAUGAAUUAUUACAACAUGAAAUCAAUUGGCUUAAGGAAUGCGGAUAUUCACUUCAUUUAGUAUAA